CACGCACACACACUCUCACAGGUGGACAGCAGAGAUCUUACCUGAGCGCCAGGUGACAGAGUCUGGAUCCGCAGCAUGCAGAGGCAGAGCCCUCCUCCUCACCUGGAAACAUGUACGUGAGUUACCUGCAGCUGGACAAGGACCCCAACAUGUACCAGAACCCGGGCCCGAGGCACCCCCUGAGCCUCAGUCCACAGAGCUUCACCUCCGCCCCGCCGCAGUACUCAGACUUCCCCGGGUACCACCACCACCCGCACCACCACCCGCACCACCACCCUCACCACCCGGGCCUGACCACCGAGCAGCAGGCCGGGGGCUCCGGGGGAAACACCGGGGGAUGGAGCUCCUCUUACCCGCCUCCCCCGCCUCCAUCCCGGGAUGAAUGGUCGUCUCACUACGCGGCGGCGGUGGCAGGAGGGGGGGCUUCAUCCUCCGGGGGAUCCGCGGUGGUGGGUCCCUCUCUGGGGUUCAACCCGGCGGAUUUCCCCGGGCAGCUGAACGCCUCGGUCGGCCAGAUGUCGCCCGGAUCCCCGCAGAGGAGGAACCCGUACGACUGGAUCCGCCGGAGCUCCGCGCCCACAUCCAACCCCAACGGGAAGACGCGGACUAAAGAUAAGUACCGGGUGGUUUACACCGACCACCAGCGUCUGGAGCUGGAGAAAGAGUUUCACUACAGCAAAUACAUCACCAUCAGGAGGAAGUCGGAGCUGGCCACGACGCUCGGCCUCUCAGAGAGACAGGUGAAGAUCUGGUUCCAGAACCGCCGGGCUAAAGAGCGUAAAAUCACCAAGAAGAAGCUCCAGCAGCCGGCCUCCUCUUCCUCCACCACGCCUCCAGCCAAUGGGAGCGGUGGUGUUCUCCAUGGAAACGGCGGAAACAGCGUCUCCAUGGUGACGAGCAGCAGUGGUAACAACGGGCUGGUGUCGCCCUCCUCGCUGGCUCUGAACAUCAAAGAGGAAUACUGAGGAAACCUUUUAGUGGACGCUCACAUCGGGGUUCUGGACUGAGAUACUCUCCCCAAAGAACUGAGGAACGUUUUGCAUCCCGUCCUGCCUCCUGCCAUGUUUUUUUUUUCUCCGCCCUUCUUCGUAAAGCCAAAGCUCCUUUAAAAGUUUGAGAAAAUGUCGAUUGGUGACGUCACCAGCAACUCCUUCUACCAUCUGACUGUUGCAGAUAGUUUGUAAAAGUGAUCAGAUGUUCGCUUGCUGGGAUUUCAGCCCGAUUAAAGGACGUUUGGUUGCACAUCAACAGCUAAAUGCAAAAAGACUCUACUGCAACAGGAACAAACUUGAAAUAGGAACACAGUUUGAGUUGAGAGUUGUUUGUCCAAACUUUCUUCAAAUUUGUAUUCCUUGUGGAGAUGCCGAAUUUCCCCAAGAUGUCGAAUAUUUCCAUUUGAUGGAAUGAAGCAGCCAUAAAAAAAACUCAGGGGCGAAUUCGCUAAAGGAUUGAAAAGCCUUUUUGCACCAACUUAACCAAAGAAGAAACUAACUGCACUGCAAAGUCAGCUAGCUCCUCCUGUGCCUUUAAUACCACCCAAAUAAUGUCUCGUUUAAAUUCCUCGUAUGAAGUCUUGAGGAAUGCUUUUGCACCUCGUUGGUCUAAAAAUGUAACUCUUCUUUAUCUGUCUCUGCCAUUGUUCUGCAUGGAAAGAAAACCUUUAUACUUUAGCGCGUUUAUCAUCAGAUCAGAUGCAAAAAAGGGAAAACUCAACCAAAACUUGAAUGGUUUUUGCCAGAUAUAGACUGCGUCUGCAAUCUGUUCUCUGAGAAUUCGCCCCUUGAUGUCAACAUAAUUAGCUUCAAUGAAGAGCUGCAUGCAGAAUAUUUAAGAUACUGUUAGACAGUGUGGGAAAUAUGUUUGUUUUUAACUAUAAAGCUUCUUAAGAAAAAGAGGAUUUUCAGGGUAAAUCACGUUUUCAGGUGUUUUUUGCUUGAUGAUGCUUUUAAAUGAUGUUUUCUCCACCUGAAAGGACGCAUAGUUAAACUCCAGUGACAGUGUUUAUGGUCCUGUGAAGAACAUGUGAUCAGGGACAGUUAACCUCCUGAAUGUUACUGGACAUAGACACGUAUAAUACAGGGGUUUGUUCUACCUUUAAUUAUUAACACUGGAAGCAUUUACAAAAAUAACUGUAGUAAAAAAAUAUGAAAUAUAGUCAUUUGCAUUCGCUCAGUAGGAAUAUCUUAUUUCCAGAAAAAGGGCAGAGAACUAGUGUUCUGUGCAUCUUAACAUAUCAAGUCAUUACAAACGUGAGGUGCUUGUACUGUUUUACUUCAAUCAAUACUUUUAUUCCAUAUUUCUUAUACAUAUGGCGCUUUCACACCGGAGUACUUUUCCCCGUACUUUUCCCGUUUAGUUCCGAUAGUUCCUGGAAUUUUGCGUUCACACCAAAAAGAGAACUUAGUUCAGAGAACUUUUACCCCCACUUUCAGUCCCUGCUAGAGAGGUGGGACUAUCCUGGGGAGAAAGAAGUACCAAUUUCUGAUUGGCUGGGCGGAUUGCAAACCACGCCCCGUAAAACUCUUAAAGGUU